AUGAAUGAAGCAACAGCUGGAUACGGUUUUGGUGUGAGCUCAUCCUCGGGUGCGAUACAUACCUCGGAUUUUCCAGGUAUGGUUUUGGUUUCAACACCAUUGACGCGAAAUAAUUACCUGCUGUGGAGUAGAUCUGUUAAAGUUGCACUCACGGCGAAAAUGAAACUGUCCUUUAUCGAUGGAUCGUAUCCAAAACCUGCUGAAAACACUGAAGAAUGCAAACAUUGGAUUAGAACAGACAGUAUGGUAUUUUCAUGGAUUAUGAAUUCGAUACCUAAAGACAUAGCAAAGGCCUUCUCAUAUGCUAAGUCUGCUAGAAGUUUAUGGUUGCAACUUGAGGCGCGGUUUGGGCAGACAAAUGGCCCUAUGAUCUAUAACUUACAACGUGAAAUUGCUUCGAUUUCUCAAGGCAAUAUGGAUAUAGUUUCGUAUUUUACAAAAAUCACAAUGUUGUGGGAUGAACUUGAGUGUGUGGAUCCUACGCCGGAAUGUACAUGUGCUUCGCAACGGACUGUGAGCAAUAAGAUCGCUUCUACUCAGUUAAUGCAAUUCCUAAUGGGAUUAAACGAUUCCUUUAUCGCAAUACGCAGUCAAAUUCUUGUUAUGGAUCCACUUCCUUCAGUGGAUAAGGCGUACUCCCUAGUUCUGAGAGUUGAAAGCUAG